UAUUUUGUGGAAAAGAGCCCCUACAUGGAGCACCUUCACAAGUUUGUGAGUGAGGAGGAGAUAAGCACUUACUCUGGCUUUGCGGUGACCUUCUUGGCCAACAUCAAGAACAUUCAUGGCCUUCACACAAUGAGGAUUGUAGGUUGUACAUGUUUAAGGCAAAGCAUUUGGAGAAAAUGUGUUUCACUUGCUUUGUUUUUGUGCUACUACUUACAACCAUCACAAAGGCAGUGUAAUGUUAAUGGCAUUGUUGUUCAAGCACUGAACAAUGUUGAGGUCAAGGUCAUCAUAUCUUAUGAUAUCAUAUGCCAAUGGGGCAUUCAUUUCUGGGAUCAUAUGGCAGAAUUCCCUGAUGACACUUGCCUCAAGAUCACACUGGAGGCAAUUGACAUGUGUGUGCCCAAAUUCCAUCUUUGGGCACACAAGCCUCACUGUUAUGCACACUUUUCCUUCAACUAUGUCUCUGAUGCCGGCCAGACUCACAGGGAGAUGAGCAAGGAAAAUUGGGCAGAUUCAAACAAAGCAAUGGCUUAA